GUGCCAGCAGCAACUUCCCUGCUGCACCUGGAUGCAGAUUUCCGGGAAGUGGCCAAGAAAAUCCAAGACCGGAAGGAGAAGAUGCUCCUGAAACGGGUGGAGGGGGGCAGCCCCAGAACCCCCGGGGUCUCCGCCAGGGCCAUCCUGGGAGGGGACCAGAGUCCUGAGGAAGAGAAAGACCGGCUGGACCUCGAGCCCAAAAAGGUGCCCGAGUCCCCUCCCUCCUGGCCAGGAAGAGGUCUGGGACCCGCUGAGGCCAAGAGCAGAAGGGCUGACCGGGAGGCCUCCCUGGGGGCAGAGUGGAUGUCAACGGGCAGCGUCAAGAAACGGCUGAGUCUGUUUGAGGAAGAGAGGGCCUUGGUGCCGGCUGUAGGUUCUGAAGCCACCAUGGCCGCCCCUGAGACUCCUCCGGCAGCACCGGAGUUGGAGAAGGCGGGUGUGAGUGUCCAGGCACGGAUCAAAGGCUGGGCUGCUGAGAGUGCCGAGGAGAAGGUGGAGCUCAGGAAGAGGGCACUCCAGGCACGGCCGAGGUCAGCGGAUUUGACCAAAUUGUUUUCAAGUUCAGCGCCAAGCAGUGAGAUGAGAUAUGAGAAAUGUGCCGUGCUGGGCGGGGAGCUUCCUGGCGAGCAGAGAGAAAAGCAGAAACAAGGGUGCAACGUGGAUGGCGUUCCCACCCCACGAAGCCCCUGGAAGCUUGGGGGCCCCCAGAAGGCAUCUAGACAGACAGAGCGCCAAGCCAGCUCCAGCCAGGAUACUAACGGCCCGGGGCAGACUCCUCGGGCGUCCCUGGAAGGCGAGGGGGGCUUCCAGACAGUGUGGGCCACCGUGUUUGAGCACCACGUAGAGAGACACUCUGUGGCCGAGCAGGGCGCCCACCUCUCAGCCCCAGACCCUUGGGGCGGGGCUGAUGCCUGCAGCUCAGGGCCCAGAGCCAGGCCCAAAAGAGGCUCUUGGCUGGGCAAGGACCUGCCGGUGGGCCAGGCUGCACUUUCCGACUGUGCAUCUGGACAGUGUCCUGCGCCGGUGCUGGAGAAGCCAGCCCUGGGAGACGGCGACAGCCAGGCCUCCCUCCCCAAGCACCCGGCCGGUCUCCCCUGGACGCAGAGGGUGGAGCCUCGGAUGGACAUUGUGCAUGCCAUUGGGGACAAGGCUCACAGUGAGGCUGUCACCACGGCCGUGGGGGACAAGGCAGUGACGUUGCGCAGUGCCAGGUUCCGACGCUCACUGCAAGGCCAGCGGCUGACCCAGGAAGUCACCACUGCUGACCCUGAGGGCGGGCCCGAAGCUCCAGUGGGUGCUGUGCACAGGGCCAGUUUGAUCUGGGAGGCUCGAGGACAAGAGAGUGGUGGGCCAAAGCUUGACUUCCGGGAGCCAGAGGACUCCCUUGGGAGCAAUUGCACGUCACCCAGGUGGGCCAGCGGUACGGUGGCACACCGGCACAGUGCCGCGGUGGCAGGCAGCCAGGAGCCCUGUGCUCCCCGGGUCAUCUCCCCCAAGGUGGUCCAAGCUGCCCCCUGGGAAGACCCGCGCCAGGGCCCGGACAGGGCUGGACAUAAGCCAGCGGGUGGCAGCUCCCCAGCUGACUGGGCAUCAGUGCAGGGGGGGGCCCCGGAGCCUCAGUCCCGGGUCAAGGACAAGGCCUGUGACCCCCAAGCUCGUGGGCCUCUGGAGGCUGAAGAGCCCCUCCCAGCUGCUGUGAAGGGCGACCCACAGCUGGCCCGGAGGGCAGAGGCCGGGGUCAGGCUGCGGAAAGCCCACCCUGGGGACCCCAGAGUGGACAGGUGGAGGCGGCGGACUUUGCCCCAUGACACGAAGUUCGAUGUCUUCCGCUUCCUCCCCUCAGAGAACUCUUACAAGGGGGAGCAGAGACACCCGGGUCCUCUGUCCACCCCAGCUGGAGCCUCCCAGAAGCCCCCAGAGAUGCGUGGGGUGACCACGGGCGACUUGCAGGCCCCAGCCUCGCCAGGGCCUCUGGGGUCACCCAUAGAGCCCCAGGCCACAUUUUUUGCAGUAACUUACCAGAUUCCAGAUAUUCAGAAGGUAAAGAGCAUGGUGAAGUCAGGGCUUGAGAACUUGUUGGAACAUUCUAGAAAGACAGCCCUGCCUCCAUCCCCUCACGUUUGCCCGUCUGCUUUGGUUUCUCCGAAUCAGGAGGAGCCAUCGGGUCCCUCAAGCAGCAAGCCCUGGGCUCAGGGCAGUGGAGGUGGCCCCCCUGUGAUGGCACCCAGGUCUCCAAAGGCCACAGAGCGCUCCUGGUCUGUGGGGGAUGGGGUACGGGGCCGUCCCAGCAACAGGCCACUGCCUGUGGGUGCUCUGUGGAUCCCACCCGGCUCACAAGACGGCUCUGCUUCCCAGAACGCCAAGAAAGACAGCUGGAGCAAGGUGACCCCAAACACUCCCAGUGCCCCCCAUGCCCCUCCGGCCCCAAGGAGCCACCCGAGAGCCAGCGGUCAGCCGAGCCGGAGGAAGACCGAAGUCAUCAGCGAGACUUUCCCUGGAAAGAUGAAGGACAGUUACAGGUCCAGCAUCCUGGACCUCGACUCCCUGAUGGCCGAGUACAAGGCCAAGUCCAUCGGGGCUUCCGGCCAGGCCCCGCCUGCGAUGCCCAGCCCCACGGCACAGGCCGGCACCUUGCCCCGGGAGAGGCCGGCCCGGCCCGGCGCCGUGGCUCCUGAAGCCCAGGGUCCCUGUGAACAAGCCGGCGUGGCUGCGAUGGCGGACAGCCCCAGCCUUGGCCCAAGUAAACCGCAGAUCAGAGACCCGGGGACCCCCACAGCCCCAAAGCCCAGCUCUCCCUUGUGGGGCCUGCCCCAGUCAGCUCCAGCCCCCGCGGGUUCCAGCCCCCGGAAGAAAGCCUUGGCCCUCACUGAGGAAGGACACGCCACCGUGGGGGCGAAGACCCAGAGCCAGCCGGCUGGGGCGAAGCCCUGUGGCCAUGAGGACCCUGGCAGCGGAGUCCGCCUGUCCCCCAAGUCGCCCCCUGCUGAGCCGAAGACAGGCACCCCAAGGACACCCACCAGGCGGGGGCCAGGGGACAGCCUGGCUCCUUGGGGCGACACCCUGUGUGACCCCAGAAGGCCGCUGGAUGUGAAGAGGGCCUGUUCUGAAAAGGGGCCCCCUGCCAGCGUUCGCACGGGCCUGGCCGCCAUGCACGAGGCCAUGCAGAGGAGGCAGGAGCAGCCCAGAGCCGGGUCCCAGGCCACGGUGGAGGCGUGCCGGUGGGAGCCACGCGUGCCGGACAGCCCGCCGGUGUCCCCAUGGGGUGCGGACCACAGUGGUGGCCCCGGGGGCAGUGAGCAUCCCCUUCGCACGCUGUCGCCCAGGGCCACGGGGCCUCGGAGGAGCCAGAGCCUCUGCAAGGAGCAGCGGGCUGGGCCGUGUAUGGGCCAGCUGAAGCAAUGCUUCUCCCGGCGGAGCCCCGAGGCCAAGGACACGGACACCCUGGUGCAGGACGGGGGCAGCCGAGACAGCACGUGGGCCGAGCCGCAUUCCAGCGGGGACAGCUUGGCCCCUGAGUCCCCAUCUCCAGAUGGCAGUGCCACUGUGGAGCAGAGGCAACUCUCCAGCAGCCGCUUCUCCUCCCCGUCCUCCCCCUCCUCCCCGCCUGGGCCCACCGAGGAGCACGGCCAACUCAGGGGCCCGCAGAGCACCGAGCCCCAGACCACAGACAGCCCCGGGGGGGCUCUGCCGCCAGACGCCCACCCUGCCUGCCCGGUGGACCACUUCCCCUUCAUCCGUCAAACCUCAGUCCUGGACUCCAGCGCUCUGAAGACACGGGCACAGCUGAGCAAGCGCAGCCGCCGGCGGGCCCCCACCCUCUCCCACACCCUGCGCAGCCGCUCCAGCGAGGUGGGGGGCCGCGGGCCCAUGGAGGAGGAGGCACACAGCGCCUGGAUGUUCAAGGACUCCACAGAGGAGAAGUCGCCCCGGAGGGAGGAGUCGGAUGAGGAGGAGAGCCCAUCCAGAGCGGAGCAGACGCCGCCCGGCCACCUGCACAGGACACCUGCCUUCCCAGGCAUGGGCCCCGCAGCCCUCAAGGCCCGGCUGCCCAAAAGGCCGGAGGUGGACAGUCCCAGUGAGACCCCCUGCUGGACCCCCAGGACCUCCAAAUCCCCCUUCCAGCCGGGGGUGCUGGGCAGCCGUGUGCUGCCUUCCAGCAUGGACAAGGACGACAGGUCGGAAGAGUCGUCUCCCCAGUGGCUGAGGGAGCUGAAGUCCAGGAAGAGGCAGAGCCUGUGUGAGAACCAAGCGUGACCAGGUGUGGGACAUCACCGCCCCUGUUCAACCGAAGCCUUAACUGUGACCAUCAGACCCUCAGAGGAGGCCACGGCCACUUCCUGCGCCAAGCGUCAUGUGCCUGGAUCUUCCUGUGGCCUGCAGACACCUUGCACAGGAAGGCCCGCCCUCUGCAGUCACCUGCUGGGCCCUGCAGACAGCACUUCCUGUUAGCCAUGAGGGAAGCAGCCACUCCUCCCCCCAAGCAUCCCAGAGGGAUGGAGUUUUGCCUGUAGACGUUUGCGACCUCUGCCAGGCAGGGCAGGGCACAGGCGUCAUCUCGGCCGCUCAGGAGACUGAAGCAGGACUGGAUCUCAAGUUCCGUGCCUGCCAGACCCGGGCUGAUCUGCGGAGACCCUGUCUCAGCAAGACAAGUUUGUGUUCCCACCGUGUUCCGAUGCCUUCUGCAGCCCCGGCGUCGUCCUCUGCGGCUGGACUGUCGUCGUCUGCAUACGCCUGAAAACACCUGCUCCCCGGAGCCAGACUUCCCGGAAGACAUCUCCAAGGAAGUUCCACUUGUUCAUUUCCUGCAGGGGUCUUGGCCCAGGAUAUUGCCAUUAGGCUUUUGAUUGAUUUUUUAAAGAAAAAUCUCCCUAACCAGUUCUUCCUUCCUCUCAGCAUUUGACAAGCUGAAACAUGCCCUCUGAGAUUCCCAUUUCCGGUGUGUGUCCCUGCAUUGCAUAGGGCGCCGUGCGUACCAUCAUGCGUACUCUGCUUGUUGGCUUUUGGAGGCGAUGAAGCAAUAAUUCAGCCAAUCCUCUUUGAAACUUGACGUGGACACAUGCUAUAUUAGGCAAUGAGGAGACGGGAGUUCGAGUCCUGGGCUUGAGAGUGUCCAUUCGAGGUUACCUUACUCUUCUCCAAGCUGUUGAAAAGUUGUAGCUGUCCCCCAGGUUCUUUGACCGGGGCUCUGAUUUCUGGGAGGAAACCUUUGUCCCUCAGAAUCUGGGCUCACAAAUGGCAGCCUUCCACAUUGCAACUCCGCGUGUCCCAGAAGGCCCCGCGUGUGGCACUGGCUAGAUUCCGCUGCAGGGGCUCGCUUCCCCCGCGUCCCCCAACUUCGUCAGGCUCGGAGUCCACCUUAGUCGUUGCAUCACUACAAGAAGUGUCAAAACUCACCCUCCUGCCCCUGCCCACCUCCCCACGAGUCUCCUUUUCUCUCGUUGUUUUGUCUCCCUCCUUCAUCUCUCCUUUCUUGCUUUUCUCCCACUCAGGUGGGGUGGGCAGUGAUAGCAAGUCCUGAUUUUCUCCAGGCACAACAAACACCUGUGUUCAGCACCGUGGACAGCGGAGCCCAGUGUGUGCACACACACGUACCUGCACAUGUGUACACACACCCCGCUGCCCCCAAGGGCCCUGCCACCCAUCCAGCCUUGCCGAUCUGUGUUGGGGGGCCAGCCCACCUCAGUGUCAGCUUGUAUUUCCCUCCUUUCCCGAGUUCAGGGCUAGUCCGUUCCCGGUGGCUGUUGGGGGAUGGAAUUCCACAGAACUGCUUGCUUGCUUGCUUGUUUUGAAGACCUAUCCUAUGCUCUGCCGUGGUUUUGAUAUCGAGUGGUUUUCUGAGCCAAGUCCCCUUCAGCUCGUGGCUGGUGUUUGAACCCACAUCCCCCCUUCCCCUGGGGGACAGGAAAUUGCCCUUCGCACCCUGCAGGAUGCUCUAUGUCCAGUGAGCCAUGUUUUUGUCCCAGGUAUACGCACGGUGAGGAAA